AUGAGUUUCCUCGACUCCGUUCUUACAUCUCUUGAGACUGGCAAGCCGGUUCCGCUCUCUGCUCCAUCUACUGCCCCGAGCACAUCCGUUCCAGCUCAGAGGGACAACCGGAGAGUGGCUGGAACUCAGAUGUCUCAGGUAACCAGCUCCAGCAGUUCUGGAAUCAAGCGAAAAGCCGACGAUCAGCUUUCUCGACCGUCGAAACCCGUGAAUCCGCCACCGAACAAGAUCCUUCCGAGCCUGCCUGGGGCUUCGUCUACCACGCCAAAGCCCAAUACAUCCAUCUCCAAUACUAACUCGGUCAAUAAUGGUCCCACCCCCAGGGUAAUCGCGAGGAGCAACACAGCCACGUCCAGUUCAGGUACCUCCAUGAAAACAGCGCCUGCGAAGCCGACCAUCGCAAAGCCAGUAGUCGCAAAGCCUCCUGUCUCCAAACCGACGCCGGCCACAGCAGCUGCACCGAAGCCAACAGUGGCUAAGGUGGCUCCGACCUCGUCCAAGCCACCACCAAAGGGCUCCUUCGCAGCCCUCAUGCAACAGGCAAAAGCCAUCCAGGACAAAGUUCCCGCUCAGAUCGGCACGCUUCGCCAUCAGAAAGUACAAAAGGAGAGGCUGAGCAAGCUGGAGCGCAAAAGACGGCUUGAAGAGGCUAAGGCGCAAGCAAAGGCUGCACGCUCUGGAAAGCGCGCGGCACCUGCCGCUUCGUCCAGCAGCGCCGCAGUCAAGCGUCGAACACCCGAACCGCUGUCGUACAAAGGAACUGCCAAGCCCGCUCAAACUCCGGAGCCGUCCACAUACCGUGGAACAGCGGGUCGGCAAUCUCAGCGAAGCAGCGCUGAGCGCCGGCCGGCGAAGCGUCGGAUGGACGAAUACCUCGCAACAGACGAAGAAGACGAGGGUGAUUACGGCGGCUAUGGAGAGUAUGACGAUUACUAUUCGGAUGCGUCAUCUGAUAUGGAGGCCGGCUUUGACGACGUGCGAGAGGAAGAGGAUGCAGCAUUGAAGUAUGCUCGGAAGGAAGAUGAAGAAGAGAUGCGGAUGGAAAUGCUGGCGAAGAAGGCGAAGAUGGAGCGCCAGAAGAAACUCGAAGCUCUGGCAUCUCGCAAUAGGCGAUAA